AUGGAUGUGGCCACAAAGGAGGAUCUGCCCGAAGUCCUGACAAAGAUCAAGUUUGCCUACGUUGGCUGGAAUAAAAACAAUAAAGGCUUUUUCUAUGCGUACUACGACAAUUACAACGGCACCGGCGAUGGUAGCGACACUGGCAAGCCCCAGUACCAGCGCGUAUACUACCACGCUCUGAACACGCCUCAAAAGCAGGAUAUUAACAUCUUUGGUUUUGACGACAAGCCGCUCUGGCUGAUAGGAACGCCCAUUGUGAGCGACGACGGCAAGCGUGUGUUCAUAUUUCCCAGUCCGGGAACCUCAAACACGCCUUGGUACUACGCCGACUUUGACCAGGAUAACAUUCAGCCACUGGAGUUCAAGCCGAUCGUCGAACAGCCCAAUGCUGAGUACUUCUACGUCGGCGGCGAUGACUUCUGCACCUACAUUCGCACCAACUACCUGGCAAAAAACUUUCGCCUGGUCUGCGUGGACCUGACCAAUCCGGCUCCAGAGAACUGGGUGGACAUCAUUCCCGGAGCGGCCAAUGAGAAGCACGUUCUCCAGGAUACGCUCAUUGUUAAUUACAACUACACCGUAGCUGUUUACAUGAUCGACGUUGUCAGUGUACUGCGCAUCUUUGACAAGGCCACCGGGCGUUUUCUCUUUGACGUCGACACGCCCAUUGGCACCAUUGGCUCCAUCUCUGGCAAAGCCAAGAGCAAUGAGUUUUUCUACAAGAUCACCUCUUUCACCUCGCCGGGCACCAUCUACCGCUAUGACUUUAGCGUUAAGCCAAAUAAAAUUCGUAUCUUUGCCGAGUCAAAAGUGGCCGGCAUUAGCGCGGAUGAGUACGUAACCGAUCAAGUCUGGUAUCCGAGCAAGGACGGCACACAAGUGCCGAUGUUCCUCGUCCACCGAAAG